AUAAAUAGUGUACUGGCUGUAAACAAUCACAGUAAAUAUGAAAACAAAGAAGAAAUUAUAUUAGAAGAAAACAUUUACGCUAGUUCACGACCGUGUAAAGAAUUCUGUGGUACUCCAACGAGGAAUAGCAGAGACAUACGAGGAAGGCCUAAGAGUCAAUUCUUGGAGGCAAUGUUACAGACACCUAUGUUACAAACGUAUACAAAUGAACCAGAUGUUUUCUCAAUACUUCGGGAUAAUUACGAUCUCCCUAAAGGAUUCAAUGGACCCUUAGUAGAGUACGACUUUAUAGUCGUCGGAGCGGGAUCGGCAGGGAGCGUGCUUGCUUCUCGACUUAGUGCGCGCAGGAAAGCGACUGUCUUACUCUUAGAGGCCGGGGUAGGUGAAUCAAUACUGACAGGUGUACCUAUCUUAGCGCCAUUGUUCCAACGGACAGAUUACGUGUGGCCAUACUUCAUGGAGCGCCAACCAGGAGUUUGUAUGGGUAUGGAAAAUGAGCGUUGUUUCUGGCCAAGAGGCAAGGCAGUUGGGGGCACGAGCGUAGUCAACUAUAUGAUAUAUGCCCGUGGGUUGCCUGAAGAUUGGGACAGAAUCGCAGCCGCGGGAAAUUACGGAUGGUCUUAUAGAGAAGUAUUACCAUAUUACAUGAAGUCAGAAAGUGCAACACUCAAAGGCCAAUCUAAAUCCCCAUGGCAUGGCCGAGACGGAGAACUUACAGUUGAAGAUGUUCCAUUUAGAUCAAAACUAUCAAAAGCAUUUUUAGACGGAGUGAAAUUUUUGGGACAUCGAAUAGUCGAUUACAAUAGCCCAGACGGAUUCGGCUUUAACUACAUUCAAGCGACAAUAAACCGCGGAGUCAGGAUGAGUAGCGCAAAAGCAUUCCUGCACAAACAUAAAAACCGAAAGACCCUUCACAUUCUACCAAAUAGUCGAGUAACAAAGGUUUUAAUCGACCCAAUAACAAAGACGGCAUAUGGUGUAGAAUUUCAGAGAAACGGCCAAGUGUAUCAAAUUCGAGCAAAAAAGGAAGUUAUACUUUCGGCCGGCCCUAUUGAAUCACCGCAUUUGUUAAUGCUCUCGGGUGUUGGACCGAGAAGUCAAUUAGAAUCCUUUGAGAUACCCGUGAUACAGGAUUUGCCUGUUGGUCAAACGCUCUACGACCAUAUAUCCUUUCCCGCUUUAGCUUACACGCUUAACACAACAAGAUUGACCAUAGCAACGAGAAAUAUUGGACUCGUUCAGACUGGCGUGAAGUUGACGCAAUUCGGCGAUGGCCCUUUGACAUCACUAGCUGGUGUGGAAACCAUAGGAUAUUUAAAAACUAACGUCUCCGAUGAGGUCGGUGAUUACCCCGACAUUGAAUUAAUUGGAUCCUGCGCAUCUAUGGCAACUGACGAGGGACAGUUGGUAUCGAAAGGACUACGAAUAGCGGACUGGUUGUACAAUGACGUAUACAAGCCUUUGGAAAAAAUUGAAAGCUUCACAAUUUUAAUGAUGUUACUACAUCCGAAAUCUAAGGGCUACAUGAAAUUAAAAUCGAAAAAUCCUUUCGAGCAACCUGCGUUGUACGGAAAUUACUUGCAGCAUCCAAAAGAUGUUGCCACGAUGAUCGCAUCUAUAAGGUAUAUAAAUAAAUUAGUUGAAACACCUUCGUUUCAGAAGUACGGUGCGAAAUUAUACAAGAAAAAGUUCCCGAAUUGCAAACAGUAUAAAUUCGAUAGUGACAAUUAUUGGGAAUGCGCGAUCCGUACGGUGACAUCGACACUGCAUCAUCAAAUAUCUACAUGCAGGAUGGGCCCAGUAACAGAUCCUGAUGCAGUUGUGGAUCCAGAAUUAAGAGUAUAUGGGGUUAGAAAUCUUCGUGUGAUAGACAGCAGUGUUAUUCCAAAGACAAUCGCUGCGCAUACUAACGCCCCUGCAAUCAUGAUAGGCGAGAAAGGUGCGGACAUGAUCAAGAAUACGUGGGGCUUGAUUUAAACGUACCGCUCAAGAAUCAAUGAGAGUUUUCACAUGAAAAUGGUCUUCCAUGCAA